AUGAAACGAUGUCUGAGAAAUGGAGGUCUUGUGAAUACCGAGGACAGGAUCAGUCACUUGCCUGAAGCUCUCAUUCUGCAUAUAUUGUCUUUACUUCCAACUAAAGAUGUCGUAGCCACUACUGUUCUGUCUAAGCAAUGGAGGUCUGUUUGGAAAAUGGUGCCUAAACUCAAGUUUGAUUAUAAAAGCAAUCGGAGUAAGCACGAGACAUUUUCAAGGAUUGUCUGUAGGGUUUUGCUUUCCCACAAAGCUCCGGUUUUAGAGAGUUUGCAUAUCAAUUUUAAUCCAGACUAUAUUGAUGCUGCGGAGAUUGGAAUGUGGAUUGGAAUCGCAUACGCACGCCAAGUGCGUGAGCUUGUACUCGAUGUUUACUCUGACAAAGGGUCGUCCUUCAAAUUUCCUCCAAGCCUGUAUAACUGCGAAACGCUAGAGACUUUGACACUCCAGACUUGGGUCCUUGUACAUGUCCCUUCUCAGGCGUGUCUCAAGUAUCUUAAAACGCUCGAUCUUUACGUCGACUUCGAAGACGAGGUAUCGGUUGUUAACCUUUUAUCUGGCUGCCCUAAGCUUGAAAAUUUAAAAGUGGAUCGAGGAACUCAACUGAAUGUGGAGACUUUCACUAUCGCAGUUCCGUCGUUACAGAGACUAACUAUUUAUGAUUACCACGAGGGACAAGAGAUUGGGGGAUAUGUGAUAAAUGCUCCUUGUUUGAAAUACUUGGAGAUUGAGGGGUUUGACUCUCAUAAGUUUUGUCUGAUCGAGAAUGCACCGGAGCUGGUGGAGGCCAAAAUUAUGAAUGUCUCUAAUAUAAUUAACGAGAACAUUCUAGGAUCUCUCACUUCAGUCGAACGUCUUUGCUUGGAUUUGUCACCCUUGGAGAUUACAUUUCCUAUCGGAAGUAUCUUCUACCGGCUCGUGUAUCUGGAGCUAGAUACCUAUAAUGCCGAGUGGUGGAAUCUACUUCUGCUCAUGCUCGAUGCUUCUCCUAAAUUGCAAGUCCUCAAGCUCAUCGGUCGAUUUGAAAAAGAUGGUGUGAAAUGGAGUCAACCGAAGAAUGUUCCUGAAUGUUUGUUGCUACAUCUCGAGACAUUUGUAUGGGAAGGCUAUAAACAAUUACCAGAAGAGGAGGAAGAGGUGGCGAAAUACAUUAUAAGAAAUGCAAACCGUUUGAAGAAAGCGAUUUUCUCCACAAUACCCGAUGAAGAUAGUAGCAUCUUGGGUCAAGAGGUGGUGAAGGAAUUGGAAAGUGUGGUUAGAGCUUCGAAUUCGUGCCAGCUUGUGAUCCAAAUGAAAGACCAGUCAAGAUUUGGUGACGUCGUCUAG